AUGUCAGACACCGAAAAAGCCUCCACCACCCCCAACGGUAAAGGAUGGACCGAUCGCCAGCGCCUUGCAUACUACUUCUCCUUCGUCGAACACUCGAAUGUGAAACUUGACUUCUUGACCGCCCCCCGCCCCGCUGGAAAAUCCGUUGGCGCAUGCCGCAUCAUGGUCGACCGACUCAAGGGAACGCUGAAAGCCGACCUCGCCGCUCUACGCGGUGAAGACGAAGCCGAGGGCGAAGACGGAGACGGAAAUGAGACCAAGACCAAGGUUAAGAAGCCUAUUACACCGUGUAAGCGGAAGAGCAAGGGUGAUGCUGCUGGCGAAAGAGACGGUACGCCUACGAAAAGGGGGCGGAAGAAGAAGAAGAGUGAGGAGAAGGAGGUUGUUGUUGCUGAUGAGGAGGAGUGA